AGGUCCCAGAAGCCUUAGCGAGGAAGUCUCCCGUUCGGGCGUUCUGCUUGUAGCGUGGUGUGGAACGUUUAGGCAGCGUGGUUUGCUUCUUUGCGGCAAGGCUGGUCUUUGGCCGGCCCGGGCCUUACGGGCCUUUGGGGACCGCAGAUUUGGUCUUUUCUCACUGGUAGGAGAGCUCGCGCCGAGCCGCGCAGCGCCCCGACCCGUCCCCACCAUGCUGGUGCUGUUCGAAACGUCCGUCGGCUACGCCAUCUUUAAGGUUUUAAAUGAAAAGAAACUUCAAGAAGUUGAUAGUUUAUGGAAAGAAUUUGAAACUCCAGAGAAAGCAAAUAAAAUAGUAAAGCUGAAACAUUUUGAGAAAUUUCAGGAUACAGCAGAGGCAUUGGCAGCAUUCACAGCUCUAAUGGAAGGCAAAAUCAAUAAGCAAUUGAAGAAAGUUCUGAAGAAAAUAGUUAAAGAAGCCCAUGAACCCUUGGCUGUGGCUGAUGCUAAACUAGGAGGGGUUAUAAAGGAAAAACUGAAUCUCAGUUGUAUCCACAGUCCUGUUGUUAAUGAACUUAUGAGAGGAAUCCGUUCCCAGAUGGAUGGAUUAAUCCCUGGGGUAGAACCACGUGAAAUGACAGCUAUGUGUCUUGGGUUGGCACACAGCUUGUCCCGAUACAGAUUGAAAUUUAGUGCUGAUAAAGUGGACACCAUGAUUGUUCAGGCAAUUUCCCUAUUAGAUGACUUAGAUAAAGAACUAAACAACUAUAUUAUGCGGUGUAGAGAAUGGUAUGGCUGGCAUUUCCCUGAGUUAGGAAAAAUUAUUUCGGAUAAUUUGACAUACUGCAAGUGUUUACAGAAAGUUGGCGAUAGGAAGAAUUAUGCCUCAGCUCAACUUUCUGAGUUACUGCCAGAGGAGGUUGAAGCAGAAGUGAAAGCGGCUGCAGAGAUAUCCAUGGGAACCGAAGUUUCAGAAGAAGAUAUUUGCAACAUUCUGCACCUUUGCACUCAGGUGAUUGAAAUCUCUGAGUAUAGAACCCAACUUUAUGAAUAUCUGCAAAAUCGAAUGAUGGCCAUUGCACCCAAUGUUACAGUCAUGGUUGGGGAAUUAGUUGGAGCACGACUUAUUGCUCAUGCAGGUUCUCUUUUGAAUUUGGCCAAACAUGCAGCUUCUACGGUUCAGAUUCUUGGAGCAGAAAAGGCACUUUUCAGAGCCCUGAAGUCUAGACGAGAUACGCCUAAGUAUGGUCUCAUUUAUCAUGCUUCACUUGUAGGCCAGACGAGCCCCAAACACAAAGGAAAGAUUUCUCGGAUGCUGGCAGCCAAGACUGUCCUGGCUAUCCGGUAUGACGCCUUUGGUGAGGAUUCCAGCUCUGCAAUGGGAGUCGAGAACAGAGCGAAACUAGAAGCCAGGUUGAGAGCGUUGGAAGAUAGAGGGAUAAGGAAAAUAAGUGGGACAGGAAAAGCAUUAGCAAAAGCAGAAAAAUAUGAACAUAAAAGUGAAGUGAAGACUUAUGAUCCUUCUGGUGACUCCACACUACCAACCUGUUCUAAAAAACGCAAGAUUGAACAAGUAGACAAAGAGGAUGAAGUUAUUGAAAAGAAGGCCAAAAGGGCCAAGGUUAAAAUUAAAGUUGAAGAAGAAGUAGUAGAAGACGUAGAAGACACAGAAGAAGAGGUAGUACAAGUUGUAGAAGAACAGGAAACAUCUGUGAAGAAGAAGAAGAAAAAGGACAAAAAGAAACAAGUUAAGGAAGAACCGCUUUCUGAAGAAGAGCCAUGCACCAGCACAGCAGUUGCUAGUCCAGAGAAAAAGAAGAAAAAGAAAAAAAAGAAAGUUAAUGAGGACUAAUGGGAGGAACCAUUCUUUCGAAGAGUUCAUUAUUGAAUCAGCUGGAUACAUCAUGCUUACGAUUCAGUCAGAAAUAUUCACAAGAUACUCUGUAAAAUAAUUGAUGGGAAGUUGGAUGAGAAAGAAAGAUUAAUCAUUAAUAGCAUUUCAUACCUAUUUGUGUCUUGACAUACUUCAACUAUGUUGAUUUUAUUAUGUCAUCAUUUCUUAGGAUAUUUGUUAUACAAAUAAAAAUAUUUUCUUUGUA